AUGCGGUCCUCGACAUCUCCCCUUGUGGCUCUGUCCCGGGCGACUAGAGCAGCAUCACAGAGCCAAUGCCUUAUGGGCAAGAGGACAUUUACAUCACUACCCACCCUCCGUCCAACUCUUGCCCGUCCCACUGGCACAGUCUUUCGCACCUCUACACCUACAACCUCGCUGGCGCCCACGGCACCCUCGUGCUCCUCCGAGACGGCAGAUAUCGUCCCCAAGACGACCAUUUCCUCCAGUCCCCUCUUUGCCGCGACGCAGAUUCGCUGUGGCCCGCGCGCCACGCUCGCGCGAUCGAGUCGGCUGGUCCGUAAGCGCAGACAUGGAUUCCUGAGCCGGGUCCGGACGAGGACGGGACGCAGGACGCUGCAGAGGAGGCGGACCAAGAGUCGGCACAUUUUGUCCAACUAG